UCGAGUGCAAAGUUUACAACUUUCUACAACAAAAAUUUAGUGAUUUAAAGUGUUUUAACAAUGGAAUUAAAUAUUCAGACUUGUCUUAAAUGCUGCAGUAACAUCCAGUUUUAGGAUGACAUAAAUGGAUUUAACAGACAUUACGGAAUAAACACGUUAUUACUUAUAAACACAAGGAAAUAUAAAGAGGCAUGUGGAAAGCCUCCGUAAACAACAUAAACAAUGGAUAAAAUCUGGAAAGAUGGCUGGCAAGCACCAUUUGUUUUAUAUGCAGGCUGGCUGGUCAAUAAUUAUCAGAUCGGAAUGUAUAUUUAAUGUAUGGUACAUUGCCAAAUACUUCACAUGUUCACUGAAAUCUUGUCAAACUAUGAUUAAGCCUACAAUGUUGAAUGAUCGGAAAAUAACCAGAAAACCAGCAAAAUAUACUGGUGGUACACAACAAAUGUGCAGUUCGUUUGGUAAACGGAUCAAGUCAAUACGAAGGGAGACUUGAAGUUUGGCACGAUGGAUCUUGGGGAACUGUUUGCGACAAUGGGUUUGAUGCACUGUCCGCAAGUGUUGUUUGUAAGAUGCUGGAUUAUCCACCAAAUAAUGCUCUGGUAUUCGAGUCUGCACACUUUGGCGCUGGCACAUUGUCAAUUCAUUUUUACGAUGUCAAAUGUACAGGAAAUGAAAAAACGUUAUCUCAAUGUACGCAUAGGGGUUUGGGAACACAUAAUUGUAGUCACAACGACGUUGUUGGUAUAUCAUGUCCACCAGAUGUUCGAUUGGUGAACGGGUCAAAUCAAUUUGAAGGGAGACUAGAAGUUUGGCAUAAUAAGCGGUGGGGAACAGUCUGCCAUAAUUUAUUUAAUGAGCGCUCUGCAACUGUUGUUUGUAGGAUCCUGAAUUAUCCACAGAGUAAUCCUGUGGUAAUUCCGUCCGCAUACUUCGGCGCUGGAUCAUUACCGAUACAUUUAGAUAAUGUUAAAUGUACGGGGACUGAAACAAGCUUAAUUCAAUGUCGGCAUAGUCAUUGGGGAGAACAUAAUUGUGUUCAUGGUGACGAUGUUGGCAUAUCAUGUUCACCAGUUCGAUUGAUGAAUGGGUCGAAUCCAUAUGAAGGGAGACUUGAAGUAUGGCAUGAUGGGUCUUGGGGAACAGUGUGCGAUGGUGGCUUUACAGUGCUGUCUGCAACUGUUGUUUGCAAAAUGUUACAUUAUCCACAUACAGAUCCUCUGGUAAUUAUGUCCACACACUUCGGCGCCGGAAAAUUGCCAAUUAAAUUAAACGAUGUUAAAUGUACGGGAACUGAGACAAGCUUACAGCAAUGUCCACAUAGAAGUUGUGGAUCAAAUAAUUGUAGUCAUAGUGAAAAUGUCGGCAUAUCAUGCACACAAGUUCGACUGGUUAACGGAUCAAGUCAAUAUGAUGGGAGACUGGAAGUAUGGCAUGAUGGGUCUUGGGGAACAGUAUGCGAUGAUGGUUUUACAGCACUGUCAGCUCGUGUUGUUUGUGAUAUGCUGAAUUACCAGGAUUUUACUCCUGUGGCAUUUGGAUCUGCAUAUUAUGGCGCCGGAACAUUAUCAAUACAUUUGGACGACGUAAAAUGUACAGGCUCUGAAUUAAGCUUAUUUGAUUGCCCGCAUAGAAGUUGGGGAUCAAAUAAUUGUGGUCAUGGUGAAGAUGUCGGCAUAACAUGUGCACGAGUUCGACUGGUUAACGGGUCAAGUCAAUAUGAAGGUAGACUAGAAGUAUGGCAUGAUAACACUUGGGGGACAGUAUGCGAUGAUAGUUUUGGAACGCAAGAUGCAACGGUGGCUUGUAAGAUGCUGAAUUAUCCAUAUGCUUUUCCUAGCGUAUUCGUAGCGGCUCACUUUGGCCGUGGAAUAUUACCAACACUACUAGACGAUGUACAAUGUACGGGAUCUGAAACAAGCUUGUUUCAAUGUCGGCAUAAUGGUUGGGGUAUAGAAAAUUGCAGUCACGAUGACGAUGUUGGUAUAUUAUGUAAUUGAGCUGAAUGCAAAUGCAAAAAGGGAUAGCUAAAAAGGUACCGGGUCAUCUUUAUUCAAUUGUUGUUUAAAAAAGGAUUAAAGACUUUUUUCUUUAUCUAAACAUUUUUCUUCUCCAAAGCGAUAUUACUGUUAAACGUUCCGAGCAUUUAUGGAAAAGAAGUAAAUACGAAGACUUCAUUUAAUUCACAAGUUUACAUAUUUUCUUUUAAUUUUGAUAAAAUACUUUAUAAUGACCGAACAUAUAUUUCUAUAUGACAUUAUGUUGCGAAAUGAUAACAAGCACAAAACAAGCAAUACAUAUAUAACUUUCUCGAACCUAUGUAAUGCACACAUUUAAUGUCGUUUAACAUAUAUUAAUGAAUUGAUGGUGUUUAAUCAAUCAAAAGUUAUCCACGUGCACCCGAAUGUCUUCCCCAAAUAAUGUUUGAUUUCUUUAUUAAAAAUAAUUAUUUUUGUUCUAAUUUUACAUGACUCUUUUACCAUCGGUGUCAUUUAGAAUAGAGUACACUCAUACAAUUGAUUAGUACUGGUUAGCAACAAUAUUGUAUCAUUUAUCAUUAAAAAAGAAAAUGUAGCAGAUUAAAAAGAUGUCAUAAUUUCCAGUUAGUAAUGCUGCAUUAUCAAAAUUCCAAAAAAAGAAACAGAAUGUAUUUAGAAUGAUUUGUAGACAAUAACUGUUUUGUUAUUUUAAGUCAAAUAUUAAAUACCAAAUGUAUGUUAUGUGAUUCAAUAUAGACAUAUACAAAAUAUGAUAUAACAUUAUUAAAAAAAAAAUGUUCGAAAUGUUAUUUUUCUAUACACAUGUCACAUGAUAAUGUGUUGAUUUUUUAUUUUAAAAUAUAAGUAAGAAUAUUUUAUAUUGCAUGUAUAAUCACUUCUGGUUUAUUUCUGAUCUUGUUAAAAGCGAAAGCACGCUACUUAGCGGGGUUGCAAGGCGAAGUUUAAUAAUUUAAACCGCGCUUCCGCUAAUAAGUGUGUUUUCGCUUCGCGCCCAGCCUUUAUAACUUAUUAAUUUUCAACUUUUUGAUUGGCGGUGUCGCGGGGCGAAAACACGAAUGGCACAAAUCAGCCACCAUAUUUUAAACCUCAUUUUUCUACAUUAGUUGAAUUGAUAUUAGAAUAAUUAUAUGUUUGCAUUGCUUCAUACUCCCUGUUUGACAAAGAAAGGAUGAAGAUCAUGAUCAGGAUCACGUGAUUAUGUCGUCUUUUAUCAAGAUUUGGUAGAAAACAAACUCACUCCAGGUUAAAAUUAAGAAAUAAAAAUACACUUUAUAUUAUAAACUAAAUAAAAGUAAUGAUUUCUUGACAAAAAUAAGGAACAUUGUCUUAAACUGUUUCAAUUUUCUUUAUAUUUGCUUUGCUUUUUGUUAUUUUUUAUGUUAUUGUCAAUGAAUUUUGUAUGUUUCUUAGCUGAAUAUCUACCUUUAAAAUUUAGUAAGGUGAUAAUUUCUUAUUCGUGUAUUAUUAUGCUAUGUUAUAAGAAUAUUAUCAUUCCAAAUUUGAGUUUAAGUAAAAUGUAUAAGUUAUUAUUUUCUCUUUUUCAGUAUACAGUUAUUUCAUUUGUUUUUUGGGGGAACAGUUAAAAUGUUGGCCCGAGGUGGAGGGGAUAGUUUUUAAACUGUUGCCCGAGGCUGUAGACCAAGGGCAACCGUUAAAAACACUAUCCCCGACACCGAGGGAAAACUGUUUGACUGUGCCCUAAUCACAUAUGAAAUAACUGUUCUAUUACCUGAUAAAUUACUGUUUCAGCAGUACUUAUAGAAGAAAUAGGAUCACAUGUGUCGCCUCAUGAUGGCCAAUGUCAUGUUGGGACAAGUUUUGUGACAGGCGGACAGACAGACGGACAGUGCACAACUAGACUUGGUACUGAUCAUUCUUGUAAAGUUUGGAUAAAAUUGCACCAGUAGUUUAUGAGGAGUAGUCCGGACAAGCUUUUGUGUAUCUGGCAACACACAGAAAAUACCACCUUUUUAUCAAAGGGCCAUAACUCGGCCAAAAAUCAUUCAACCGGAAAACCCGUGCAAUAUGCGCAAGGACUUGAGCUACAAAUCAAUCAUGUAAAGUUUCAUUGAAAUUGCAUUAGUGGUAUAAGAGAAGUAGUCCGGACAAACUUUAAAAAUAAAAAUUAUUAAAGGGCCAUAACUCUGACAAAAAUCAUUGAACCGGAAAAUGCUGACACUAUGCACAACUAGACUUGGUACUAAUCAUUCCUGUAAAGUUUGGAUGAAAUUGCACCAGUAGUUUAUGAGGAGUAGUCCGGACAAGUUUUGUGACGGACGGACAAACAAACAGACAGACGACGGAGAAGUGAUCCCUAAAUGUCGCCACUACUCCGUAGAGGCGACACAGAGAGAAGCGAGAAAAUAGUUUUGUUCAAGGAGGAUCCUCUAUCACGUCAGAGCACGCGAGGGAAUUAGUCGAUUGUAUUAUAGUUGAAUGAAUCUUUUAUCAUGUUUGCUUAAAAGCUUCUAUAGUUACUCCCCCAAAAAGUCAUUACAAUUGGUUUGUUUGUUGGCUUGAUCUUCCUGUAUUAGGUAAAUAAUUUGAUUGAUAUAAUGCAUUCUAUGUUUUGUCUUGACUAAAUUAGAGCAAACUUUUUCAAUUUCGAUCCAUUAAAAAAAACUUUUGGUCAAUUUAUAAUUUACGUUUUAUUUUAAUUAUUCAUAUACCAAAUUUUAAUAAGCAACAUCGAAGAAAAAUUGAUCGGAUAUAAUCAACCAAUUUUCAAUAUUUCUGCCUUAAGUUAUAAUUAUCAUUAAAUGUAAUUAUAAGAUAAGUUUUUUAAGUUGUGUUAAAUAGUGAUAGUAGCAUUAGACUAUUGAAUUCUUGGCCUUUUUCUUUAAAGUGAAUUGGUCUGCCAUAGGCACAUUUUCAGAUAGAAUUGUAUCAUUUGGAUACUUGUCAUGGAAUAUUUUUGAAUAACAAUAUGUUGAUUAGAGUUUUAAAGUGUAUUAGUAUGAACAUCUUUAUGAUGAAGAAGAAUAUUUUGUUCUAAAACCGUUGAUAAUCUGUAUAAAUAUAUAUUUAUAUAUCAUAAAGGAACGUGUAUCUUGAACUAAUCAAUAACAUCUGGAUAUGAUUAUUUCGUAGUUCAUGUUCAAGUAUGAGACUAAAUACUACCAACAUAAUUAUUUAUGUUUUUUUUUUUUUUUUUUUUUUUUUGUUUUGUUUUUUUUUAUUUGUGUUUUACGUCACACCAACAUAGUAUAGGUCAUUUGGCGAAGUUCCAGCUGUACUGGUGGAGGAAGACCUCAGGUGCCCUUCCGUGCAGUUUUUCGGGCACGAACGGGUACCUGAGUAGAACCACCGACGUUCCGUAAGCUAGCUGGAUAGCUACCUCACAUGAAAGAAUCCAAAGUCCCUGUCGGGAUUCGAACCCAUAGCGGUGAGGGGCAAGUGAUUUAUGGUAUUAAAGAUGUUUCAAUAUUGACCAAUUCACUUUAAGUUAGCUGAUUAUUUUUAGUGUUUGCUUUAUCUGUAAUACAAUAAAUUUAUUAAAAUUCUACAUUAAGUUAUUUAACUAAUAUACAUUAGAGGGUUUUUUGUUCUUACUUUUGAAUAUGUGUAAUAAUGUUAAUAAUAAUAACAAUAAUGAUUCAGUUUCAGUUUCGAUAAUACGUACUAGUUAUCAUUUGUUUGUUUUUCCAAUGAGCUAUGAUAAUUUCUUAACCUAUCUGUAUAGUUAUAAUUGUAUCUUGAAAUUCUUUAAAUGUAUGUAAGUUUUUAUGCUGGUUAUAGGCUUGUAGCGUUUAGUCCUUUAUCGCUUGUUCCACUAUAAAUGUUUAUAUAAUAAAAUAUAUAAGUACUCA